CCGGGUGUUUCUGACAGUAUUUUCGACGCCGCUUUUUUCGCCCGCUUUUGGGGUUUCCGCUUUGGGCCACCGCCCCCACCGCACCCCACCGCCGCCUCAGCCUUCCGCGCUCUUCCGGACCCGCCUUUUCCCGGGCCGCUCCUCCCCCGGCGGCCGCGCCCGGCGCUCGGGUCGGAGCGGGAGGAGGGCCUCGCCGCCUGCGGUCGGCCGGCAGCUCCCGCGGUGGGGAGUGUCUGGGGGCCCCGCGCAGCCGCCUCCCCGGACGCCUGCGGGUUGGGGGCUGCGGAGGGGCGCGGAAGUGUGCGAAGGGGCGGCGUCCUGCUGCGCGCGGGCGCCGGGCGCGAUCGCCGACCGCGGGCCGCCGCGCCGGGCUGCCUCCCUGGCCGCUGCUGCCCGCGCCCUGCCCUGCCCCGCCCCGACCCCGCGAGCUGAGGGGUCGCCUCGGGGCCGUGCCCGCGUCUGAAAAGGUGAUGAGGAGCUGAAGGCAGAAGAAUACAUGUUCACUUACGGUGAACAAGAGUAUGUUCCCAAAUUCAAUCUUGGGUCGCCCGCCCUUCACUCCAAGCCAUCAGCAGCAUAGUAACUUCUUCACCCUGUCUCCAAGUCUUUACUCACACCAGCAGUUCAUAGAUGCACAAUUCAACUUUCAGAAUGCAGACCUGUCUAGGGCCGUGUCAUUACAGCAGCUUCCAUAUGGAAAUGUCAGUCCAAUACAGACCUCAGCUUCUCCAUUAUUUCGAGGAAGGAAGAGAUUAAGCGAUGAAAAAAACCUUCCUCUUGACGGUAAACGGCAGCGUUUCCAUUCACCCCACCAAGAGCCAACCAUAGUAAACCAGAUAGUGCCUUUAUCAGGUGAACGAAGAUACUCAGUGCCGCCAUUGUUUCAUGCACACUUUGUACCAGAUGUAGUCAGAUGUGUUCCACCUUUUCGAGAAAUACCAUUUUUAGAACCUAGAGAAAUCACACUACCUGAGGCCAAAGAUAAGUUGAGUCAGCAGAUACUGGAGUUAUUUGAAACAUGUCAGCAGCAAAUAAGUGAUUUAAAGAAGAAAGAACUCUGCCGAACACAGCUGCAGAGAGAAAUCCAGCUGUUAUUUCCGCAAAGCAGACUUUUUUUGGUUGGAUCCUCUUUAAAUGGAUUUGGUACUCGAACCAGUGAUGGUGACUUAUGCCUGGUUGUUAAAGAGGAACCAUCUUUUUUUCAGGUAAACCAGAAGACUGAAGCACGACAUAUACUCACCUUAGUCCAUAAACACUUCUGUACCAGACUCUCUGGCUACAUUGAGAGACCUCAGCUGAUUCGUGCAAAAGUGCCAAUUGUGAAGUUCAGGGAUAAAGUCAGUUGUGUGGAGUUUGACUUGAAUGUAAACAAUAUUGCUGGAAUAAGAAACACAUUCCUUCUCAGAACUUAUGCAUACCUUGAAAAUCGAGUUCGUCCGUUAGUGCUGGUGAUUAAGAAGUGGGCCAGUCACCAUGAUAUAAACGACGCCAGUCGUGGUACUUUAAACAGCUAUAGUCUUGUAUUGAUGGUUUUGCACUAUUUACAGACCUUACCUGAACCCAUCCUUCCAUCCCUCCAAAAAAUUUACCCAGAAUCUUUUAGUCCUGCUAUCCAGCUGCACCUUGUACAUCAAGCUCCAUGUAAUGUUCCUCCUUACCUCUCAAAGAAUGAAUCAACUCUUGGAGACCUCUUACUGGGCUUUCUUAAAUAUUAUGCUACAGAAUUCGACUGGAACAGUCAGAUGAUUUCAGUUCGUGAAGCCAAAGCCAUCCCGAGGCCUGAUGGGAUUGAGUGGAGAAAUAAGUACAUCUGUGUGGAAGAGCCUUUUGAUGGAACAAAUACAGCCAGAGCUGUGCAUGAAAAGCAGAAGUUUGACAUGAUCAAGGAUCAGUUUUUAAAGUCAUGGCACAAAUUGAAAAGCAAGAGAGACUUGAACAGCAUACUCCCCCUGAGAACCGCCGUCUUGAAAAGAUAGCCGGUCGCUUUCUUGGUGUCACCUCGGAGAAAUAAAGAGCAUUAGCUGUGUCAUUUGCAUUAUGUUUACCUCCAUCAUGGUUUCUUUCUGAUUGUUCUGUUGGUUUUCAUGUUUUAUUUUUAAAAGGACAUACUUAUAUAAAGAUUGCAUAUUUUAUUAUUGGCAUUUCCUAAUAAAACCCUUUGAUUUAAAAAUACGUUUCUGAAAAUGUUUAUGUCAAUGAUUAGUAAUAUUAUGUCAUGAAUUUUCAGGAGACCAGAUAAAAUAUAUUUGGGAGAUUACCUGAACAUGCUAAUACUGACAUGAAGUGUGGAAAUUUGGGGCGGGUCUGUUGAGGAGUGCUGAAGUAACCUCCAAGAGAUAGUUUGUUGCCUAAAGUGAAGACUGCUGUCAGUCACCCCGUUACUUGAAGUGACUGAAAUGGCCGCAGUCGGGAAACCCUGGACAGUUGCUUUGUCUGCACGUGGGGGGCUGGUCCGAGGCUUCGAGCGUGUCCUGUUAGCAUUCCAUUGGUACCUCACGGCUUUGCAUUUUGUGUUGAGACAACGUUACAUUUUGCACUGGGGCACUGAACACUAGCUCUUGCGGCAGUUAGUGACUUGUCCCACAGCAUCAGUUCCGCACAGGGGUUUGAGAGGAUUGUCCCGUGCUCUGUGACAGCGUGGUGCAGUGUGCACUCUGCUUUGCUUCCCAUUUCCCCUGUCACAUGAAGCAGCGGGAACGAGAAGAUCAGAGUGGAGCUAUGUCCUAUCUGUAGUCUCAGAUUUUGUUAUCUGUGUACAGUUACAGGAUUGUAAUCGAAACUGGAAUUUUUAGGCAGUAAGCCACUACAAAAUGUUUUAGAUAAGACAUAAAAAUUAUAAAUAAGAGCUUAAUGUUUAUAAAAAUAUCUUUUUUAGUAUUUCUUUUCCACAAGAAGUGGUGGCUGCUAAAAAAGCUACAGUGUUUAUUAAGGUUUUUGAUUUGUGUAAAUAUCUGUAAAUGUAAAUGUAAAAAAAUCUUGAAAACAGUUUUAACUUUUUCAGAAGGACUGUGUACAACUUCUUUUAGACCUACUGUAGCACAGUUUGUACCUCUAAUGUAUUUUUUGCAGACCAAUUCAAAUGCUAAAACUUGCUUUUCUCUGACUUGUAAAAGGUGCAUAUUUUCAUUUUCUCCUUUAAGUUCAAAUUUUUGUAUGAUGUUAAAUGGAAUAAAGUUUAUAUAUGGAAA